ACACCUUCUUGGCUCCUCCAACAGCCAAGUCGAUUCUUCGGCUACUUCAACAGAGCAGCAACAAGAAAGUGGAAAGCAAAUUUUUCUUCCAUUUUCACAUGCACCAAACAGCACUAUUCGUGUUAAUCGAUAUCUGCAGGCAGGUCCACUUAAUGAAUGUCCUGUUUUGGGUUUUCGCAUAUGAGUAUUUUGAUUUGCUGCUUGUAACUUGCAAAAAUGUUGGCGGGAGAUCGCUGAUACAUAUAUAUGUAUAUUCAAAAAGCAAUUCGUUUCUUCAUCCUACACAGGCAGUGCACGAUUCUCGUUUCUGUUUUGAUGAUGUCGCAUGCUUUUGUGCAGUUGGUUGUACUGUUUGGAAAAUGGUGAAGUCUUUAGUUUUGAGUUCCUUGGUAGCAAACUAUACUGUGAUACUGCGCGCGCCUCUGUUUUAAGAAAGGGUUUUGCUGGGGUUUGUCUUCAGCUCUCCAAUUUGUGACAUGGAGCUUCUUUUCCCACUGCAUAUGAUGUGAAUCGUAUGAUGUUCAUUCUUUAAGUCGGUGGUUAUUUGAUUGUUUCCAUUGCCAUAUAUAGGCAGGUUCCUUGCAGGAUUCGGCUACCUUCUGUUGUGUUUAAGCUUUACACUUUAAUUUUUGGGUUUUUGCUGGUUUUGGGGAUCGUGGUUCAGGAUGUUGUUGCUAGAAUUAUUUGGGUAUCUUGAUUUUUGGGUAUUUGAUGGUUUUGAGGAUCUUGGUUCGUGAUUUUGUUGCUGUAAUUAUUUGGGUAUCUUGAUUUUUGGUUUUAAGCGUUGAGUUCUUGCCUCUGGUUGCAGGUUGUUGGUUUUGAGGAGUGCUCUAGUGCCAUUACUACAGCUAGAUUGAUGAAUUUGGUUUGGCAUGGAUUUUGUUUGUGCGAUCUUUUUGGUUUCUUGGUGCUUUGCAUAUAGUUGGCCCGCUUGCAGGAGUAAUUGUCCCGUUUUGCUUAUCAGAAGAGUUUGAGCCAACAUUUGCUGCUCUCUAAGCAUACCUUAGUUUCUUCAUGGCAUUUAGAGUUAUCACCCUUCUCCUUUUCUUUCUUUGUUUGGAGCUACAACACUUUCAAAAUGCACAAGCCUGGAUUAAAUCUGGUUCUUGGUAUUCUGGUUACGGAUCACUGGUGUCCGACAUAGAUUCAUCUCUCUUUACUCACCUCUUUUGUUGCUAUGCCUAUGUUGGUUUCAACACUUUCACCCGCCAGAUCUCCAUCUUAUCCUCCAAUAAUAAUUACUUCUCCACCUUCACUGAAGUUGUUAAGCCGAAGAAUCCAUCAAUCACAACGCUGCUAUCCAUCUGGGUUGGAGAUACUAACUCUUCUUUGCCCUUUUCUUCAGUGACCAGCCACCCUUCCCUCAGAAAGGCUUUCAUUGAGUCUUCCAUUAAAACAGCAAGGCUUUAUGGGUUUCAUGGACUAGACAUUUCCGGGUUUGCGCCAAACAAAGCCUCCAACAUGACCAAUUUGGAACACUUCCUCAACGAGUGGCGAUCCGCUGUUAAAUCUGAAUCAGCAAACUCAGGCAAGUCACAACUGCUCUUGACAAUGGGAGUUUACUACCUCCCAUCUUAUAAUUCCAUAACCUAUCCAGUGAAGUCCAUGCAGAGGAACUUGGAUUGGGUAAUUGUUUCAUCAUUUCACUAUCAUGGCCCUUGGAAUAGUUUUACGGCCCCUCCUGCUGCUUUAUAUGACCCUUACAACUACACUUGCACUGAUUUUGGUAUAAAGGAAUGGAUUAGAAGAGGAUUAUCAGCAAACAAGCUGGUCCUGGGUUUGGCUUACUAUGGAUAUGCAUGGACACCUCUAAAUCCUGAGGAUAGUGAUAUUAGUGCACCUGCAUCUGGAGUUCCAGCCAUUACAGCAAAUGGAUUCGUCAGCUAUAAAGAAAUCAAGCAGUUCAUUGAAAGCCACAAAGCUACUUCAGUGUACAAUUCUACAUAUGUGGUAAAUUACUGCAGAAGUGGAUCAAUUUGGAUUGCUUUUGAUGGGGUAGAGUCCAUCAAAACCAAGGUUUUGUAUGCAGGAGAAAAGGGGCUACUUGGUUACAAUGCUUGGGAGGUCUCUCUUGAUUACAAUUCGGUGCUUUCAAAGGCUUCUGCUAGUGAAGAAGAUAAAGAUCUAACUAAGAAGCUACAUUGGUUAAUUAUUUUGCUACCAAUUGCUACAGUUACUCUUCUUCUCAGCUUUAUAAUAUGGUGCACACAAAUGGCGAAACGAUCAAAAGGGAUAAAGUGUAGACUGGAGAAAUUCCCAUCAAGACCACGAAUUAAUAAAUUGACCUGCAAAAAGCUUGACAACAAUGAUUCCAAUCUGCAAGCAUUCUCUUUUGUUGACAUUGGGACUGCUACAAAUUACUUUUCAAGUGAAAAUAAGCUUGGCGAGGGUGGAUUUGGGCCUGUUUACAAGGGCAUAUUACCUGGGGGACAAGAAAUAGCAGUGAAAAGGCUUUCACAAACUUCUAAACAAGGACUCAAGGAGUUUGAAAAUGAGGUUACACUUACUGCAAAACUACAACAUAUAAACCUAGUAAGACUUCUGGGAUUUUGCUCCGAAAGAGAAGAAAAGGUGCUGAUUUACGAGUACAUGCCAAACAAAAGCUUGGAUUUCUACAUCUUUGAUCAAGAUAAGCGGUUGCUACUAGACUGGAAAAAGCGUGUUCACAUCAUUGAAGGGGUUACUCAAGGGCUCCUAUAUCUCCAAGAAUACUCCAGAUUGACAAUACUUCACAGAGAUUUGAAAGCUAGCAACAUUUUACUGGACAGUGAGAUGAAGCCUAAGAUAUCGGACUUUGGUCUAGCUAGAAUUUUUGAAAAGGACGAAAGCGAAACAAACACAAACCAUAUUGUGGGAACAUAUGGAUAUGUUCCUCCUGAAUGUGUGAAGAAUGGUGCUUACUCUGUGAAAUCCGAUGUGUAUAGCUUUGGAGUUUUGCUCUUACAAAUCAUUGGCGGCAAAAAGAAUACCUGUACAUAUGGCAUCCGUGAAAAUCUAAACCUAAUGGAACAUGCAUAUGAGCAGUGGAAAGAUGGUAGAGGCAUGGAGUUUAUGGAUCCCUCUUUGGAAGAUGCUUCUUCACCAUGCAAACUGUUGAGAUGCUUGUGUGUUGCUCUACUAUGUGUCCAGGAAGAGCCAGAGGAUAGACCAUCCAUGUUAGAAGUUUAUUCAAUGCUUAAAAAUGAAUUUGCAGCUAUUGCCACUCCAAGAAGGCCUGCUUUUUCAAUAAAUAUGAAUGAAGGUAGUGUGAAAAGAUCUGAAUUGCAGCAUGAAAUUGUUUCGGUGAACGAUGCCACAUUUUCUGAAUUAGUUGCCAGAUGACACUGCUGGUGUUGCUGAGGCAUAGUUUAUCAAACAAUCUGGUUGAGUUCUUGCUGUUUUGGAUGUUGUGUUUUACACUCCAUGAAAUGAAAGUAGUCAUUGAUAUUUCUCUGUUCAACAAA